GGAGGAUCACUGGGCAUUGCGAGCAUGCAAGGAUCAGUAGCAACAGAAUGAAACGGCGAGAGAGAUAGAGAGCGGUAAAGAGUCGGAGGAGAGCGCUACUGAGGACUAAAGGACUAUCAGAGAUGAGAGAGAGACACUGAGAACAAGCAUGCGGACCAAAAGGGAGGAAAAGAAAAGAACAAACCCGCAAUACCCAGAGAAUCCAUCCAACUCAUCAUCUGCGGGCCAUUGGUUAGAGACAGAGAAAAGCCUUGACAGUGAUGUCCAAUCAGAAGUAGCUAAUCUAGAAAGGAGGUCAUUAAUGUAAGGACAUUGGGGGUUUAAAGCCUUAUUGGAUAUUGGAUUCCUGUCUCCAUCUUUCACAUACAAACUCUCUCACACUGCCUCACAAAAACGCAAAUUAAUUUGGGUAAACAAACGCUGGAAACAUUCCCGCUUUUUAUUGGAUAUAAUCCUGCUGACGUUGGCUGUCAAUGCUGCCCUCCAUCCCGUUCAGCUCCUCAGGGGGCUGAGCCAACCUGCAGAGGAGUAUGGGCAGGAGGGUGGCUGACCCAACCAAUCCGGUGCCUGCGCUGGGGGUUCCCCUGGCAGGGGGGCGAUGGGGGCCGCUGUGCAGUGUUGGGGUGCAAACAUCUCCCGGACUGCGAACUCUCCCAUCCAUCAAACGACACGGCAGCCAACCAACCAACACACAUCGGCCACUCACCAUGCCAACAGACAAAACAACAGUGGAGACACGCGGAGUUAUCAAAAGUGACAGCAACAGUCUGCCAGUGUCCAAGGAGACAUCUCAGAACGAGAUCAACAGCCUGACACAGGACGGCAUGGGGUCACAGGGGUCAGGCAGCGGAGUUUACUGCCAGAUCAAAACUACACGGACAAACCCCAAGGAUACAAGAGAUAAAAGGACAGCUCGGUAUACAAAUGGCAGUGUGGUAGCCUCUGAUGUGGUGGGAGGGGUUUGCACUGAGGCCACAGAAGGUAAGGAGCCGGCCCAAGAGAGGAGGAGGGUGCAGUCUCUACGUGGGGAGGGCCAUCGCUCGGUAUUAAAGACAGGGAGCGUUUGUACCACUGUGCACGCCACCCCACCACGGCCCUGUCGAGUGAUGGCGACUUCCUCACCCAGCCUUUGUGGGACAUGUGGGAGGAGACGAUCACAGAUUACACCGUGUACAGGCGCUUGUCGCAGGAAGGCUGUCAAUCAAAUAACAGCCAGCCAGACUUUACCUAAUCCGCCUCGGAAACAGUCUGUGGCUCCCAAGCAGUCAAGAAAAGAAUCUGCUCUGGACUCUCAGCCUUGCACAAAAAGCACAGACACAGCAAACACCUCCACGCACACAUCAGUACAGACUUCUCAAAUACCACAGCUGUCACACACUAUGCCAAAAACACACAAUUCGCAUUCCAACCCCACAUCACACACCCUGAACAAAACAAAAGAGUCAAAGCAGCGGACAAGACCACAUUCUGCAGACUUUACUCAUUGUAAGGACUCAGCCACGCAAACGACAGACACACACAUGCACAACAACACAGACAAGACCACAACUAUCACACAUACACAACGACCACACACACCAUCUGCUGAAGCAACAGAGACCCAUUCGACUGACAAACACAAGCAUGACUUGGCUAAAAUCCAGCACACUGAUGAACACACACACCAACACACAUUAGUCUGUAUCACUUCUAAACAUCCAGCUCCUUUCCUUCACAGUGACUUAAAAUCUACCAACACCCCACCUCUCCCACCAAAAAACUCUCCUAAACCCACUCGUUCCAAACCGGGAACACCUGUAGCGCAAACCAAAAACACAGACGAGACCACAAACAUUCCCAAACAAACAUCCUCAGAACGGGUCAAACUCAAGGACUACGUAAAACAGAAGAGCAAAUCAUUUGACGACCACACUCUGCCUUGUAAGACUCAUAUGAAAGCACAAUGUAAUGGGGCUCCAGGGGGGUUGUUGGGUGCACCCGCAGGGACCGCACCACGCGGGCUGGAGAGGCAGUUGCAAAAUGUGGAGGAGAACCUACAGUCCAAUCAGGAGAAGAUCAAGGUGCUUCUCAACGUCAUUCAAGACCUGGAGAAGAGCAAGGCCCUCAGCGAAGGUCGCAGCUCAUACAGAACUGGUCAGGACAUUAACAACUGCCCCACCUGCCAAAAGACAGCCUGCAUCAUCUACAGUGUGGAGCAUGAUUUCCGACAGCAGGAGGGACGCUUCCAGGGUGUUAUGGAGGCCCUGGAGGGGGAGUAUGAUGUGCCUGCACCCACUCUGACCAAGCCCGUGCCAGCCCCUUCCUCCUCCGGCCGUCCCAGCACCAAGGCCCGUGUCAAGAAACUCCGCAAAAAGUGUUUCUGGUGGCUUUAAGUUUUGGAAAAACCACAACGACCCUUCCAGCCAACAUGGCAUAUGGGUAAUGAUUGUCUUUCAGGAGACCACAGACCCCAACGUAGUGGAAUAAAGCAUCUCUCCCAUGGGUGUGGGGUGUGGGUCUGUUGUGUUUUUAAGUGUCAUUAAAAUUAGUGGUGGCAUUUUCCAAGCUGCAUCCAUGUAAAUGGCACUUUUUCCACAGUACUACUCAGUACUGAGACGGAUAUCAAGAACAGGAUCACCAUGACCUUCUCUCUGUGGGAAACCAGACUUCAGCAGCUAAUUUGUGAUUAACUUUUGACUCAAAGUGGGGAUAACGUUGUCCCAUAAUAUUUCAGUAGCAGAGAGAUGAAGCACUGACACUUUCAACGACAGGCAGGCGUUUUGUUUGUCACUUGGCUGAGUGGCUGUCUAGACAGAUGGACAGAUGUAUGAAUGGAUUUAUACCAAGAUGGAUUCACGUUACAGCUGGUAAUGAAUCCUCACAAAAACUUUGGCUAAAUCACAGCCAUAAGCAAGGGAAUCGGAAUGAUAAGCAAUUUAACAACUAAUCGGAAUACUGUGUCUUUGGAUGGCUUGACAGCCAAAAUUUGAAUGUAGCAACAGCUGAAGAGCUAUAAGAGGAUACUGUAAGAGUGGGAAAGAAGCUGAUGAGCUCUCUUUAAGACAAAGAGACAGCUCAAAGGAUGGAUAUCAGGGUUUGGAGAGCACAGUGGAGAUUGUGUUAAGAAUACAUUAAGAGACAAUGUGAUAGGCAACUGAUCACAGACUGACAGGUUGUGUCAGAUGAUUAAAAAAUUCUGUCAGCGUUGUCUGACAGUGAUUGAUUCUCUCCUUUAUUACCAUCCAAAAUGGAAGUGUUUUGAUGUAAGCUCAAUCUUGUUUCAAGGAUUUUCAGACACACACACACACACACACACACACACACACACACACACACACACACACGUGCAUAUAAAUACAUGCACAAAAAGGCAUACACUUACAGGCACUAACAAACACAUGCACACACAUGCAGUAUAUACCCACUGUAACACAAUCAAGUACUCCACACACACACACACACACACACACGCAAUUGUGAACCACUGCAAACUAGGGGUAGACCAGUUAUUACUGCAGUUAUCUACUGGCCUGUAUUCAUGUUUCAAAGAGUUAUCAAUACUUGCAAAGUCUGAGCUAAUAAAUCACCUAUAAAUUCUGUAUGAAUUCCUGUGAAACUAACUGUGUAUGUCUGGAGUUUAUCUAAAGUUCACAUUGCAGAAGUUGUGCAGAGGGCUGCUCAGUUGUCGUGGAACAUAUGGAGAGCCCAACACCAACAGUUUAAUGUGAUUUAGCAACCACCAACUUUGACUGUCUGCAGUUCCACAGUGAGUACAUACAGUAAGUUACCAAGCAAAUUAAACAGAAAACGUAAAACAUGUUCAAUCUUUCUGGAAAGAUAUUCCUCCAAAACAAACUUUGUUCACAUGGAAAUUACCGUAGAAAAUCAUUUCCAGAUUUAUAAGCUUGUUCUGUAGCAUUCAGGCGACACCGCCACUGCUCGCUGCUUCAUUAAGCUACAAUAGAGCAACAGAAAUCGCUGCUAAAAACACCUGCAAGGCACGCUGUCCCAUUUAAAAGUGAGGUUUUAACCAAUAAACAGCGUCAUUGUAAAAUCAUAACACAAUUAGUAGAUGAAUACAGUAUUUUAUACCAAAUUAUAUAUUGGCAGACAUGUCUUCUAUCAGAAAUUACAACUCAAGAAUCUAUACAAAUUCUAUCUAUCAAAGUCUAUCCCUGUUGCAAAAACAUGUUGCAAACGAUUAUUUUGCACACAUAAACACACACCAUUCGCACAAUGCUUAUAGUUCACAGCAGCUUAGAGGUUAACCACUAAUCUCACAAGAACUUUCUUCUGCUGCUUCUGGCUAACAAGUUGUCCAAUUAGAAUCCUGGAUGACACCACACUUACUAAUUAACCAUAACAGUGCGUGAGCUCCCACGAUUCCCCUCUCUUCCUCUUGUACGUACAAUAAAAGUGUGUAUUUUAAACAAAAA